UCCGCGCCGACAAGUUCUUUAAGAUCGUAACUAUAUGCCAAAAUGAACUAAAUCAAAUUUAAAUCUCUGUGUGCUGCCGUUUAAAAUAGUGAUAAAAUUAAUAGUGAUAUUUCAAAUAAACUAUUGUGAAUUAUUAUAAACAAUAAAAUGUCGCCGGAAAGUCGAUUUUCGAUCAUUGUGGGUUUAAUAUUUGUGGUUCCGGUGGUCAUCGCAGCCAGGACCAUCAGCGUAGAGGAAAAGAUCAGGGAUGAUUCGGAUUUGUCACAGUUCUAUGCCUUGUUGGAGAGUAAUACCUUCAUGAACCACACCAUAGGCUACAGAAAAAUGACACUUUUUGCACCAACAAAUGUUGCUUUCCAGAGAUACAGGGGACCACUCAAUAAUUCACUAGUCACUUAUCACGCAACAAAUGUGGCUCGUGUUUUGGACGAAUUGCCUAAUAGUGUUUUAUCUGAGUCUGAUGGAAACCCACCCUUAUGGGUUACUAGAAAAAGGGGCACUCACAGUGACGAACUUUAUAUAAAUAAUGCUAAAAUUUUGAAAAGACGGUCGGAUUAUGUUGCUCCCACUAAAAAUGGGGAAAACAAGCAGGUUUUGCACGUAAUUGACGAAGUUUUGGAGCCGAUUCAACUGGCUAAUCCAAAUAUACAAAAUUACAAUCCUGAUGCUUUCGAAUUUCUUAACCAAUCAGAGAAUUACAAUAUAGGCCAUCAUAGAGUCAGGACAUUCAGACAGAGAAUGCUCCACACAAGAAGGCAACACGUAUUUUCAGCUGAUGGCAGACACACUUUCUUUAUUCCAGUAGAAGAUGGAUUUAAGCCAACUAUGCGUUCGAAUUUGAUUGAUGCCAAAGUCAUUGAUGGGCAUGUGGUUCCCAACCAAGUUCUAUUCACAAAACCAACCCCAAACGACCCUUAUCAGACCUAUGCCUUUGGAGAUAACCUUCAGGUGACAGUUUCCAUGCACACCGUUGACGACGGCAAAACCACCAAGACCUAUGUUCGAUCUAACACACUGAUCGGGGACCCAAACCAUGCUACGGGGGUUGUUCUAGCAGAAGUUGUCAAGGCUAAUAUUCCAGUCAGGAAUGGAGUCGUACAUCUCAUCAAUAGACCACUCAUGGUAGUCGAUACCACUGUCAAGGAAUUUUUAGAGGGUUUUGACAGAGAAGAUGGACCAUUAUUUGAAUUUUACCAAGUGAUUAUGGAUGCUGGUGGUGAUUUUAUGGAGCUUUUGGUCAGGACAAAAGAUUUAACCUUAUUCGCUCCCAAUAAUGCAGCGUGGAGAUCGCAGGCUUCAGUUAAUGUUAUCAGAAACAAGGAAAAACUCAGGGAAAUUCUCAAUAUGCACUUGGUACGUGAACGCUUGCCAAUGGAUAAAAUCCUUCAGAACAACAUUAAUCAGGUGUCUACAGUGGCCGACCGUCGCAGUUUGUUCUUCAACAUUCUUAACAAUGGCCUGAACCAGACCUUGACGGUGGAAGGAGCAGGAGUGAACGCGACUGUGGUGCAGCCCAAUGUGGCCUGCACGAACGGAAUCAUCCACAUCAUCGACAGGGUGUUGGGAGUGCCACACACCACGGUCAUGCAGAAACUGCAGACCGAUCCGAUGCUCAACUCAACAUAUUUCUUGGGAAAAUUGUCUAAAUUCAAUCCCCAAUUGAAUGAUACAAAACGUAGAUUUACAUACUUUGUGCCCAGGGACAAGGCCUGGCAAAAGGCUGAAUUAGAAUACCCAUCUCAACACAAAAAAUUAUUUAUGAAGGAUUUUGCAUACCACACACGUGGAAUAUUGGAACGUCAUUUGGUGAUUGCAGACAAAGCUUACACAAUGUCUGAUUUGAAACUAAUGGGCAAUGAUACAAUUGUUUUGCCGACACUCAGGGAUUCAUUGCAUCUGAAAGUCAAAGAAAUUGGAAAAAAUUACUAUAUUGAGUGGAAAAACGAACGAAUUCCAGUUUUCAGGCCAGAUGUGGAAUGCACAAAUGGAAUUAUCCAUGUAAUAGAUCGACCUUUAUUACUAGAAGGAGAUGUACGGGUUACUGGUGCAGCAUCAAGCAUCAUGUUUUGCACGCAGUCUAUAGUAUUUAUUCUUUUAGCUAAAUUAUUGCUAGCUUAAAAAACUAUUGGAUGGUGAAUAUCCUUACAGAC